GACUAUCUGACAACAUCGACUUCUUUGUUAGGUUAGAAAUUUCCAACCUUAAAUACUUUAAUAAUUAUAUAAAUUAAAUAACUAAAAAAAUGUCUCUGGUUAUUUCUUCUUUAUUAAAAAAUGUAAUAUGUAAUACCCAGAAAAAUCACCAAUUGGCUCGGUUAGUUCACACUUCACCAGUAUGUUGCAAAACACAAUCAGGAAAAUACAAAAUAACACCAAAAAGAGACUUUCCUUUGACAUAUGAAAUGGCAAAUCCUCCACAUGAAAUCGCACACAGAAAAUCCUGGAAUUCAUGGAACACAUCAACAUUACAAGGAGGUUUGCGAGCGUCAGAAACAGCAGUAGAGGAUAUGUUUAUAAGAAAAUUUGUAACAGGCACUUGGCAUGGCUUAUUUGCUAGUGAGAUUAUCAUAAAGAGGCAACACAAUAUGAUUAGAAUUGCUGGACUUGUGUUUCGAUCAGUUAGUGCCAGAAAAAUGUAUUUUCUAAUAGGUUAUACAGAAGAAUUGUUGUCUUUUUGGUUACAGUGUCCUGUUAAAUUAGAAUUACAAACUGUAGCUGAUAGAAAAGAUGUUGUAUUUAAAUAUAUCUAGAUAUUAGUUGUAUUAAUUUGUUACACAUAUUAAAAGUUGUGUAAUAGA